UGUAUCCCACACUCGCGCUUUUGGCGCUUCAGACUGCAGGUACAGGCCGAUGGGUUUGCUGUCUGCUACCUUGUUGCAGCACCAAGCGGAGCUUCAAGGAAAAGGAACCAUCCAGCCGCAACAUGACUGCGACCGUCGCUCUGCGGCGCCUACGCCUUUGUUUUAGUUCAGCAUGUGUGGUCGAGCUGCGAAUGGGCUGACGCUUGACGAGUACCAAGCAUCGGUGCGCGAUCUGCUUGAUACGGAGCUGGAUGUCGACCCCGUUCUAUGCGGAAACGAGGGAGGGGGGGAGCCCGAAGGCUUCGGGCGCAACGGCUCCUCUCGAGGUCAAUACCGCUCAACGUACAACGUUGCGCCGCAGACAUUCAAUCCGGUUGUGCGCAAUGCUGAGCUGCUGCCGAAAGAACGUACCAGAGACUCCCAAUAUCAAGGCUUGCACUCCCACCGCGCGGCAAGGACGAGUGCGACGCAUGCUCGAGCGAGGAUGCAGCCGAUGAAGUGGGGCCUCAUUCCUGGCUUCGCCAAGGCACUUCCUACCGGGGUCGAUGCAUAUCGCACCAUCAAUGCGCGCGACGACACGGUGCUCAGUGGCCAGUCCAUGUGGACGAACCUACUUCCGCAGCAGCGCUGCGUGUUCUUUGUCCAAGGCUUUUACGAGUGGAUGAAACCGCGCGACGGGAGUCGCAUCGCCCACUUUGUCGGCAUGGCGAACGAGGGCAGGGGUCGCCUGGAUUCACAGGGCAAGGGGCAUCAGCUCAUGCCCCUCGCGGGUCUUUGGGAGAAAAGCCAUCUCAAAGAACCGCGAGAAGAGGAGGUGUACAGCUUUACCAUUUUGACUACGUGCUCGAACAAACAGUUGGAGUUCCUGCACGACCGUAUGCCUGUCAUCCUGCCGGACGCUCAUGCCAUCCGCGUCUGGCUCGGCUUGGACGUAGGAAGCGAUGGAGGAUCGGGUAAGGGCGUUACUGAUCAAGUCGUCAAGCUCGUCAAGCCAUACGAGAGUCCGCUUGACUGCUAUCGGUGCCCGACAGAGGUUGGCAAAGUCGGAAAUAGUAAUCCAGACUUUAUCCUCCCCGUUUCCUACAGGAAGGAUGGCAUCAUGGCGGCCUUUGGCAAGCAGAAGCAAAAGCAGGAACAGAAAAUGGAAGAGUCGAAAGGUGUGGAGGCCAAACUCGCUGCAGUCGGCAAAGGUGAUGGUGGACAUGAUGAUGACGUCAGCACCAACAGCGAGACCACUGGGUCAAUACCCGAGCCGACAACACGCAGCGAUGGCAGCGGCACCGCGAAGAAGCGCAAGGCAGAUGAUGCAGCAGAUGAGACGAAACCAAGAACUAGCAAAGCAGAGCCUGCUUUAAAAGGGCAACAGUCGCCCUCCCCACAUGAGUCGUCGUCGCUCUUCUCGCCCGAUCCUUACCCUCCAUCUGUCUCGCCACCUCGACCGCACGGUGGCUACAGCCGGGAGCGAGCCGAAGGCUCCUCAGCGGAAAAAGUUGAGCAACAGGGCAGCAAGUCGAUCAAGAAGGCGCUUCGAGUACAAGCGGCAAAGGGCUCGCCCACGUCCAAAAAGCUAACGAGCAGAACCAAAGGCCAUGAUGUCACGUCGAGCAAGGGAAAGACGCACCGCACGCCGAGCAAAGAGUCGCCGAAAGGGGGCAAGAAUGCGAUGGCCUCCUCAUCUGCGAAAGUCGGUGCCGAUAUUCGCGCAUUCUUCAGCAAGCGUUGAUCUUGCCACAGCUCCAAAGGAGCCAAGUUUGCAAGCGUUCUGAGAGUCGAUGAAAAUGAGAGAGAAGUAUCUGUUGUACAAGUGUCCAAAAACCCAUCAGAUCCACUUAUUCCGCUG